CACCCUCAGUUUACGGAAAUCCGGUUUGGCGUAGCUAGUUAGCUAGUUUCAGGCUGCGUUGGCUCAUACGUCUCAAAAUGGACAAAUAGUCCUAUAAUAUUUUGGUCUAAAUAAAAGUAUACAGUGAUUUUUGUUAUUUUUGGCCUCUUAAACAUGGAGGCAAACGACGGCGCUGCUAAAAUAACCCCUGGAGCAGGAGGAGAGACUCUGGAGAACCCGGACCUGAGUUUUCUUCAGACAACCGUUUCCGCUGUAUUUUCUCAGUAUGGAUGGUUCCUGUUGGUCCUGUGUGUGGGAGUUUAUUUCCUCAUCCAGCACAUCAGUAAAAUGAGACCCAGCCAGAAUCAGAGCUCAGCCUCAGCAGUCAGUCAAGAUCCAUCGUCUGUGGUGAGACGUGAAGAGGCUCUGGAGGCAUCGCGUAGAAGAAUGCAAGCCGAGCUCGAUGCCAAAGCUGCAGAGUUUAAAGAAAAACAGCAAAGGCUUGAGGAAGAGAAAAGACAACAGAAAAUCGAGAUGUGGGAGAGCAUGAAAGAAGGGAAAAGUUAUAAAGGAAAUGCCCGACUUACUCAAAGCAAUGAUGAGGCGUCUACUUCCACCACCGUGCUAAAACCAAAGACGGACAAAAAGUCUCUUCGAAGCAGUGGGUAUAAUCCAUUGACCGGUGAUGGAGGAGGAACUUGCUCCUGGAGACCAGGCAGAAGAGGACCCUCAGCUGGAGGAUGAGGUUAAAGCAAGUCAGAGGGACAUGACCCUAGUCACCUCUGACCCUUCUAGGCAUCAGAGCGCAAAAAGCAACUGAAUGAAACUGUCUGCACUCAUCAUGGUUCAGUAGCAGUGAUUUAAUAUGAAUCUUUUGCUUUAAUGUUAAGUGCAAUUUCGUUAAAUUAUACAAUGCAUUUUAAUCAUCCCAUAGGUGAGGCUUCUAAAACUUGCAUUCAAAAAGUUGGAUAAAGAGCUUCUAGGCUUGCUGUACUCACAAUCAUACAUUUUAAAUAAAAACAAAAAUAGAGGCAGGUUGUAGGAUCUGAACUGACCAUGUGAGAUUGACAGUUUCUAAUGACGCCUCCUCAUCAAAGGUACUCAUUCCAUUGGGGUUGGCUGAUGAAUUUCGGUUGUGUGUGUGAACCCAUUACAUCAUCGAAUCAUUAAAAUGCUGUUCUGUAUGUCAAAUGUUUGGACACACUAAAUUAAACCUUUUUUUGUGUCAAAAUUAUAUUUGCAAUUCAUUAUAAAUUUGAAUAUAGCUUUGGUCACUGCAUAAUCCGAUGUUAUAUUUCAUGGUUAUUACAUCUUCAUUAUUCUUCUAACUUAAGAGUGACAGAAAUUGAAAAAGACCCAUUAGCAGGUAUGUCCAGACCUAUGACUGUUACUAUAAAUCUGGUGGCUAAAAUGUUUUUUUUGAACUGUCAAACUGUUCUUUGUCAGAACACAUGGCCUUGUAGAAAGAAUAAAUCUUGUGAGUACAAUUUUCUCAGACUACCAUGAAACGUCUUUCUUGUACUUGUGUACUUUUUCAUGAUUAAAAAGGCUUCUCAUUUA